AUGUUCUGCAGGUCCAAGGUGAAGCCCAAGUCGAAGACGGAGCCGUCGAAAUCGUACAAGCCCUCGCCGGUGUACAGCGCGGAAUGGACGGACGAGGAGCAGCGGAUCCUGGAGGACGCGUGCAACGAAUACCCCGUCGAAAAGCACCAACCUCUUGAGCGAUACAUCCUGAUAGCGUCGCGCCUCUCGGACAAGUCCGUGCGAGAUGUUGCGCUCAGGGUUCGCUGGAUGCAGCGGCGAGAUACAGGAACCCGCAAGCGCGCGCCCGAGAGGGGGCCCGCGGGGAGUGGAAAGCCGCGCCGCGAGGCGCGCCAGUCGAUUUUCGCCGUGCAGGCCCCGGAAACCGACCUGGAGCAACUGAACAACGAGAACGCGCGCGCCGGGGCGCUCGGCCAGGCGGUGUCGCCGACGAUGCCCUACCUGCCCACCCUGGACGGCUCCUUCGACCACAAGAGCGAGAUCUCCGGCCCCGUCGCGCAGCGCCUCAGCGAGAACACCUCCCUGCUGCGCAGCGCGCUCGAGGAGAUCUCCCGGAAGAACCGCCACGCGGCGCUGCCCCUCCUCGCCGCGGCCCGCGAGAACAUCGCGGCGCUGCUCGCCAUGUCCACGGAGCGCAUCGGCGACCAGCAGCUCCCCAGCCUCCCCGUCAAGGUCCACGAGGACCUCUCCCGCGAGCUCGUGCCGGAGGUCGCCACCGACACGCGCACCGCCGCGUUUGGCGGGGUCGGGCGCGUGCCGCUCGGGGCCAUCCACAGCGCGGGCGCGCGCCCGGGCGUGGACCACCCGGGGCACGCGGCCGCGGGCGUGGCGCCGGGGUCGAUGGGCGGCGGCAGCGCGCAGGAGCUGCUGCUGGGCGGGCAGGGGGGCGCGGGCGGGCUCGGGUACGGGUACGGGACGGGCGGGAUUGCGUCGAGCGCGGGGUUCAACGCGUGGGCGCCCGGGAUGGACCCGGCCGCGGGCGCCGGGGCGGCGAGGUAG